UAUUUAUAGUGAACUGGUGAUUGCAGGUGGAUGAGGAGCAGGUGGGAGUGAUUAGUACUCAGGUGAGGGAGUGUGCUGUGAUUGUGAUUGAUGGAACCUGGUGUGUCUGUUACAGUUGUUGAAUGAGAAGUCUUAUGAAACAACUGAAGACACGCUUAUUCUUUCCUUUCUGCUUCAGUUUACUAAUGUACAGGUGCUGUUCAUAUAAUUAGAAUAUCAUCAAAAAGUUGAUUAAUUUCACAAAUUCUGUUCAAAAAAUGAAACGUGUAUAUUAUAUCAGAAUCAUCUGCAUCAGUACUGUAUUUUACUCUACCAGUUAUUUCUCAAUCUAUCACAAUCAAUCUACUGCAUAUAUCAGAUAAGAUGUAGGUGUGUAAGAUGACAAACCCCAGAGCUUCUCUCCGGUCUCUUGAAAAACCAGCUUUACUGGUUUUCCCGGAGAAGAGUUUUCAGAGCUUUUUCUCAAGAUCCCAGAUCACAGGUGGAAUGAGAAGCCUUCAAACGUUCUCAUUUACCACGUUUUUCUACUUGUCCUGCCAGAGUGGAUCAGUGAAGGGUGAUGGCGUCUGUUUCAGAGCAGCUUCUGGCCGCUCUGGAUGAUCUAGAUGCAGAUGAACUGAAGAGGUUUAAAUGGCACUUUAAGAAUUAUAAGGGGUUUUCAGUUGCUCAUCUGGAGAAGGCAGACGCUCAUGACACAGUGGAUCUGAUGAUGAAGCGUUUUGGACCAGAAGAAGCUGUGAAGAUCACGGUGGACAUCCUGAGGAAGAUGAACCAGAACCAUGUGGCCGAAGAGUUAGAGGACAAACACAAGAAAGCUCAGGAUGAGAGCAGUAUUAAGGAUCCUGCCCCUGCUGGAGCCGAAUCAGAACCGAUUGGGGACAAGAAAACCAUAGAAGAUUGGGAAGACAUGAGGCUCGAUUUGAAGAUAACACAGAGGAUGUUCCGGCAGAAAAUCCAGCAGAGACAGAAAGAUCUUCAGCAGCUGGAAGAGGCUGUGAAAUCUUAUGAGUCCUCUGCAAGAGCAGCAGUGGAGGACAGUGAGAAGAUGUUUAAAGAGCUCAUCCGCACCAUUGAGAAAAGCUGCUAUGAAGUGUCACAGCGAUUCAGAGAUCAGGAAAAGACUGCAGUGAGUCGAGCUAGAGAAGGACUGAAGCGACUGGAGCAGGAGAUCAGUGAUCUGAGGAGGAGAGAUGCUGAGCUGGAGCAGCUUUCACACACACAGGAUCACAUCCAGUUCCUGAAGAGUUUCCAGUCUCUCUCAGCACCUCCUGAAUCUACAGAUGUACCCAAAAUUCCCUUUGGUUCUUUCUUCUCUUUUGAUGGCCUGAAAGAAACUGUCCGUCAGCUGACAGACAAACUGAAUGAUGUCUGCAAAGAGGAGAUCUUGAACAUCUCAGACAGAGUCACGUACAACAGCAUUGCUUCUAAGACCAGGAAUGACCUCCUUCAAUAUCACCAUCAGUUCACUCUGGAUCCAAACACAGCGCAUCUUUGCAUCCAACUCUCUGAGAGAAACAGAGUGAUGGCUUACAAUGGCAAUAUCGUGCCAUUACCAGAUCAUCCAGAGAGAUUUGGUGUGAAUAAUCAAGUGUUGUGUAGAGAGAGUGUGUCUGAACGCUGUUACUGGGAGCUGGAGUGGAGUGGAAAUACUGUGUAUAUUGCAGUGUCAUAUAAGAGCAUAAGCAGGAAGGGACGUGAUGAGUGUUGGUUUGGACAAAAUAAUAAGUCCUGGACUUUGUACUGCACACCCACGCAAAAUUUCUUUAUGCACAAUAGCAAAUCUAUGCUUCUCCCUGUUGAGCCCAUCAGCAGCCCUAGAAUAGGAGUGUUUGUGGAUCACAGUGCAGGAACUCUGUCCUUCUACAGCGUCUCCAAAAACACAAUGAGUCUCAUCCACACAGAACAGACCACAUUCACUCAGCCGCUCUUUCCUGGGUUUAGUGUUGAUUAUGGAUCAUCAGUGAAACUGUGUUGAUAAAUUAGAAUAGAUUAAUCAGAGAUUCUACUCGUUAUGAUUUGAGCUCAGUGUUGGGGAGUAACUAGUUACAAAAUAAAUGUACUCUGUAAUCUGUUGCAGUUACUGAGAGAAAAGGCUUCAGAAGUUUAAAACACAGAAUAGGACACAUGCAUAUUUGAUAAAUAUUUUCUUUUCUUUUGGGGUUUGUGCAUUGGCUUUAUUUGUACAUUAACUUUUUUUUCUCAAGGCACUAUUAGAUGCCAGAGUUUCCUGUCAUCACUAUGCAAAGAUUUGAUUUUAAUAACAGUGUAUAUACAUCAAUGUAAAUCUUAUGAUUUUAAAUCAGUAUUUAACCACAAAACGAUCUCAAAGUAAAAACAGCUAAUGCUAAAGUCUCAAAUUGAUUCCAAAGUAGCCUUCCCAACACUGACUGAGCUGCAUGAUAAUCAGUAACAGUGAUAUUAUAGUCUCUUCUUUUCUCUUAAUGACAUUAAUCCUGCAGAUGAACUUGUGUCACUGAAAUGACAUGUCAGAAUAAAUGUGUUAGAAAUUCUUAUACAGGCAGUAAGAUCAGUGUGUGUGAAUCGUGCCGAACGGCAAUGUGUAUCUUUGAUUUUCUCAAAUUUUGUUUGUGUUGAUAAUGAAGGGAAUCAGAACUGAUGUUCCACCUCAUUUUCAUUAUAUCCUUUACAUAAGUGAUUAGUGAGUAUUUAUCCUUUAAUGAAUAAUUGAAUAAAGUGUAUAC